AUGAUGCUCUCCCUCCCCCGCAUCCUGACAUCACUCCUCUGCAUCUCCCUUGCCUCUGCUCAAUCCUCGGACCAAUGCAAGAUCAAUAGCCUCAAGACCUCGUACGCGGCUCCUGUCGCCGCCGACGGCUGGUCUUAUCGUCUCGUCGCCACUGAACUCUCCCGUCCGCGCGGUAUCCUCUUUGAUACCGAGGGCGCCCUAAUUGUCGUCGACACCGGUGUAGGUCUGGUGCAUCUGGAACUUGAAGACCAAGGGAGGACUUGUCUACGGGUUCGCAAGAAGACGGUGUUACUCGAGAAUGAAGAUCUCAACCAUGGCAUCGCCAUCUCUAAAGAUGGCCGCACCCUCUACGCCUCAACUGACGACGAGGUUUAUUCGUGGUCCUACGACCCUUCGGCCGUCCGCCUCAGCGAGUCGUCCGAACGUACCCUUGUCACGAACAUGACAAACAGUGGCCACACCUCGCGCACUCUCCUCCUCUCAGAGAAGCACCCGGGUGUACUCGUCGUAUCCCGCGGGAGUCAAGGUAACGACGACGUGGAAGCCGAGGACCGAUCCACAGGCCACUCGCAACUACGAGCCUUCAACGUCUCGGCUCUGGGGGGAAAUUCCAAGCCGUAUGAUUACCUCGACGGCGACCUGCUCGGCUGGGGUCUUCGCAACUCUGUCGGCGUAGCGGAGCAUCCGGAGACGGGAGGCGUGUACUCGGUCGAGAACUCGGUCGACAACCUGCGCCGCAGAGGCCGUGACAUUCACCGCGACAACCCGGCCGAGGAGCUCAACUUUCACGGCUUCCUCAACGGAUCCCGUGAGGACCAGGGCGGCAACUACGGAUAUCCCCUGUGCUACACCAUCUGGUCCACCGAGGACUUUCCCAGCCUUGGGGAUCUCGAAACGGGCGAUCAGUUUCCGGCUGAUCGAACAGGGGGACAGUCUGCGCCUAGUGAUGAAGAGUGCAACACUGAAUAUGUCCCUCCGGUGCUUGCUUUCCAGGCUCACACGGCACCUCUUGACAUUAAGUUUGACGGAAACGGUACAAAGGCUUAUAUAUCGUUCCACGGCAGCUGGAACCGUGAGGAACCCGUAGGCUACGAAAUCUCCUCCGUAGCCUUCAAAGACGGCCGCCCAACAUCACCCUCCAACAGCACAAACGCCACAACGACCAUCAUCAGCAACCCAGACCUUUCCAACUGUCCGAGCGAAUGCUUCCGCCCAGUGGGUCUUGCCUGGGACUCGGAGGGUCGUCUGUGGUUCAGCUCCGACAGCACCGGCGAGAUCUUUGUUCUAGCACAGGAUGACAGCGAGAACAGUGGCAACGACAACGAUGAUGAUGACCGUGGGGAGAGCGGUGGUGAUGACGACGAUAGCGCUGCUUCCCAGUUCAUGCACCCUAGCUCCUGGACUGUGGUAGUGACGCUCGUGGCUGUUAUCAUGGGUUUCUUUCUUGCAUGA